AUGUCAACGUCCACGUCCACAUCCACGUCCACGUCCACGUCGAGGAGCUUGCCUGGUCCAGGAGCUUGCCUGGUCGAGGACGUGGACGUGGACGUGGACGUGGACAUGGACGUGGACAUGGACGUGGACGUGGACGUGGACGUAGACGUGGAUGUGGACGUGGACAUGGACGUGGACAUGGACGUGGACGUGGACGUGGACGUGGACGUGGACGUGGACUUGGAGGUGGACGUGGACGUGGACGUGGACGUGGACAUGGACGUGGUCGUAGACGUGGACGUGGACGUGGUCGUGGAUGUGGACGUGGACGUGGACGUGGAGGACGUGGACGUGGACAUGGACCUGGACGUGGACGUGGACAUAGACAUGGACGUGGACGUGGACAUGGACAUGGAUGUGGACGUGGACAUGGACGUGGACGUGGACGUGGACGUGGACGUGGACGUGGACGUGGACGUAGACGUGGACAUAGAUGUGGUCGUGGUCGUGGAAGUGGACGUGGACGUGGUCGUGGACGUGGACGUGGAGGACGUGGACGUGGAGGAUGUGGACGUGGAGGACGUGGACGUGGACGUGGACGUGGAGGACGUGGACGUGGACGUAGACGUAGACGUGGUCGUGGACGUGGACGUUGACGUGGACGUGGACGUGGACGUGGUCGUGGAUGUGGAGGACUUGGACGUGGUAAUGGACGUGGACGUGGACGUGGACAUGGUCGAGGACGUGGACAUGGACGUGGACGUGGACAUGGACGUCGACGUGGACGUGGACUUGGACGUGGACGUGGACAUGGACAUGGUCGUGGACGUGGACGUGGACAUGGAGAUGGACGUGGACGUGGACGUGGACGUGGACAUGGACGUGGACGUGGACGUGGACGUGGACGUGGACAUGGACGUGGACGUGGACAUGGACGUGGACGUGGACGUGGACAUGGACGUGGACGUGGACAUGGACGUGGACGUUGAAGUGGACUUGGACGUGGACAUGGACGUGGACGUAGACGUGGACGUGGACGUGGACAUGGUCGUGGACGUGGACGUGGACGUGGACGUGGACAUGGACAUGGAUGUGGACGUGGACAUGGACGUGGACGUGGACGUGGACGUGAACGUGGACGUGGACAUGGUCGUGGACAUGGUCGUGGACGUGGACGUGGACGUGGACGUGGACAUAGACGUGGACGUGGACAUGGACGUGGACGUGGACGUGGAGGUGGACGUGGACGUGGACGUAGACAUGGACGUGGACGUGGACAUGGACAUGGACGUGGAAGUAGACGUGGACGUGGACGUGGACGUGGACGUGGAAGUGGACAUGGACGUGGACGUGGACGUGGACGUGGACAUGGUCGUGGACGUGGACGUGGACGUGGACGUGGACAUGGACAUGGACGUGGACGUGGACAUGGACGUGGACGUGGACGUGGACGUGGACAUGGACAUGGACGUGGACGUGGACGUGGACGUGGACAUGGACGUGGACGUGGACGUGGACGUGGACAUGGACGUGGACGUGGACGUGGACGUGGACGUGGACGUGGACAUGGACGUGGACGUGGACGUGGACGUGGACGUGGACGUGGACGUGGACAUGGAGGUGGACGUGGACGUGGACGUGGACGUGGACAUGGACGUGGACGUGGACAUGGACGUGGACGUGGACGUGGACAUGGACGUGGACGUGGACAUGGACGUGGACGUUGAAGUGGACUUGGACGUGGACAUGGACGUGGACGUAGACGUGGACGUGGACGUGGACAUGGUCGUGGACGUGGACGUGGACGUGGACGUGGACAUGGACAUGGAUGUGGACGUGGACAUGGACGUGGACGUGGACGUGGACGUGAACGUGGACGUGGACAUGGUCGUGGACAUGGUCGUGGACGUGGACGUGGACGUGGACGUGGACAUAGACGUGGACGUGGACAUGGACGUGGACGUGGACGUGGAGGUGGACGUGGACGUGGACGUAGACAUGGACGUGGACGUGGACAUGGACAUGGACGUGGAAGUAGACGUGGACGUGGACGUGGACGUGGACGUGGAAGUGGACAUGGACGUGGACGUGGACGUGGACGUGGACAUGGUCGUGGACGUGGACGUGGACGUGGACGUGGACAUGGACAUGGACGUGGACGUGGACAUGGACGUGGACGUGGACGUGGACGUGGACAUGGACAUGGACGUGGACGUGGACGUGGACGUGGACAUGGACGUGGACGUGGACGUGGACGUGGACAUGGACGUGGACGUGGACGUGGACGUGGACGUGGACGUGGACAUGGACGUGGACGUGGACGUGGACGUGGACGUGGACGUGGACGUGGACAUGGAGGUGGACGUGGACGUGGACGUGGAGGUGGACAUGGACGUGGUCGUGGACGUGGACGUGGACGUGGUCGUGGAUGUGGACGUGGACGUGGACGUGGAGGACGUGGACGUGGAGGACGUGGACGUGGACGUGGAGGAUGUGGACGUGGACGUGGACGUGGUCGUGGACAUGGACGUUGACGUGGACGUGGACGUGGACGUGGUCGUGGACGUGGAGGACUUGUACGUGGACAUGGAUGUGGACGUGGACAUGGACGUGGACGUGGACAUGGACGUGGACGUGGACGUGGACUUGGACGUGGACAUGGACGUGGACGUGGACGUGGACGUGGACAUGGACGUGGACGUGGACAUGGACAUGGACGUGGAAUUGGACGUGGACGUGGACGUGGACUUGGACGUGGACAUGGACGUGGACGUAGACGUGGACGUGGACGUGGACAUGGUCGUGGACGUGGACGUGGACGUGGACGUGGACAUGGACAUGGAUGUGGACGUGGACAUGGACGUGGACGUGGACGUGAACGUGAACGUGGACGUGGACAUGGUCGUGGACAUGGUCGUGGACGUGGACGUGGACGUGGACGUGGACGUGGACGUGGACAUGGAGGUGGAAUUGGACGUGGACAUGGACGUGGACAUGGACGUGGACGUGGACGUGGACGUAGACGUGGAUGUGGACGUGGACAUGGACGUGGACAUGGACGUGGACGUGGACGUGGACGUGGACGUGGACGUGGACGUGGACUUGGAGGUGGACGUGGACGUGGACGUGGACGUGGACAUGGACGUGGUCGUAGACGUGGACGUGGACGUGGUCGUGGAUGUGGACGUGGACGUGGACGUGGAGGACGUGGACGUGGACAUGGACCUGGACGUGGACGUGGACAUAGACAUGGACGUGGACGUGGACAUGGACAUGGAUGUGGACGUGGACAUGGACGUGGACGUGGACGUGGACGUGGACGUGGACGUGGACGUGGACGUAGACGUGGACAUAGAUGUGGUCGUGGUCGUGGAAGUGGACGUGGACGUGGUCGUGGACGUGGACGUGGAGGACGUGGACGUGGAGGACGUGGACGUGGAGGACGUGGACGUGGACGUGGACGUGGAGGACGUGGACGUGGACGUAGACGUAGACGUGGUCGUGGACGUGGACGUUGACGUGGACGUGGACGUGGACGUGGUCGUGGAUGUGGAGGACUUGGACGUGGUAAUGGACGUGGACGUGGACGUGGACAUGGUCGAGGACGUGGACAUGGACGUGGACGUGGACAUGGACGUCGACGUGGACGUGGACUUGGACGUGGACGUGGACAUGGACAUGGUCGUGGACGUGGACGUGGACAUGGAGAUGGACGUGGACGUGGACGUGGACGUGGACAUGGACGUGGACGUGGACGUGGACGUGGACGUGGACAUGGACGUGGACGUGGACAUGGACGUGGACGUGGACGUGGACAUGGACGUGGACGUGGACAUGGACGUGGACGUUGAAGUGGACUUGGACGUGGACAUGGACGUGGACGUAGACGUGGACGUGGACGUGGACAUGGUCGUGGACGUGGACGUGGACGUGGACGUGGACAUGGACAUGGAUGUGGACGUGGACAUGGACGUGGACGUGGACGUGGACGUGAACGUGGACGUGGACAUGGUCGUGGACAUGGUCGUGGACGUGGACGUGGACGUGGACGUGGACAUAGACGUGGACGUGGACAUGGACGUGGACGUGGACGUGGAGGUGGACGUGGACGUGGACGUAGACAUGGACGUGGACGUGGACAUGGACAUGGACGUGGAAGUAGACGUGGACGUGGACGUGGACGUGGACGUGGAAGUGGACAUGGACGUGGACGUGGACGUGGACGUGGACAUGGUCGUGGACGUGGACGUGGACGUGGACGUGGACAUGGACAUGGACGUGGACGUGGACAUGGACGUGGACGUGGACGUGGACGUGGACAUGGACAUGGACGUGGACGUGGACGUGGACGUGGACAUGGACGUGGACGUGGACGUGGACGUGGACAUGGACGUGGACGUGGACGUGGACGUGGACGUGGACGUGGACAUGGACGUGGACGUGGACGUGGACGUGGACGUGGACGUGGACGUGGACAUGGAGGUGGACGUGGACGUGGACGUGGAGGUGGACAUGGACGUGGUCGUGGACGUGGACGUGGACGUGGUCGUGGAUGUGGACGUGGACGUGGACGUGGAGGACGUGGACGUGGAGGACGUGGACGUGGACGUGGAGGAUGUGGACGUGGACGUGGACGUGGUCGUGGACAUGGACGUUGACGUGGACGUGGACGUGGACGUGGUCGUGGACGUGGAGGACUUGUACGUGGACAUGGAUGUGGACGUGGACAUGGACGUGGACGUGGACAUGGACGUGGACGUGGACGUGGACUUGGACGUGGACAUGGACGUGGACGUGGACGUGGACGUGGACAUGGACGUGGACGUGGACAUGGACAUGGACGUGGAAUUGGACGUGGACGUGGACGUGGACUUGGACGUGGACAUGGACGUGGACGUAGACGUGGACGUGGACGUGGACAUGGUCGUGGACGUGGACGUGGACGUGGACGUGGACAUGGACAUGGAUGUGGACGUGGACAUGGACGUGGACGUGGACGUGAACGUGAACGUGGACGUGGACAUGGUCGUGGACAUGGUCGUGGACGUGGACGUGGACGUGGACGUGGACGUGGACAUGGAGGUGGAAUUGGACGUGGACAUGGUCGUGGACGUGGACGUGGACGUGGACGUGGACGUGGACGUGGACAUGGAGGUGGACGUGGACGUGGAGGUGGACGUGGACGUGGACGUGGACGUGGACGUGGACGUAGACAUGGACGUGGAAGUGGACGUGGAAGUGGACGUGGACGUGGACGUGGACGUGGACGUGGACAUGGACAUGGACGUGGACGUGGACGUGGACGUGGACGUGGACAUGGACAUGGACGUGGACGUGGACAUGGACGUGGACGUGGACGUGGACAUGGACGUAGACAUGGACGUGGACAUGGACGUGGACGUGGACGUGGACGUGGACAUGGACGUGGACGUGGACGUGGACGUGGACGUGGACAUGGACGUGGACGUGGACGUGGACGUGGACGUGGACGUGGACAUGGACGUGGACAUGGACGUGGACGUGGACGUGGACGUGGACGUGGACAUGGACGUGGACGUGGACGUGGAGGUGGACGUGGAGGUGGACAUGGACGUGGACAUGGACGUGGUCGUGGACAUGGAGGUGGACAUGGAAGUUGACGUGGACGUGGACAUGGACGUGGUUGUAGACGUGGACGUGGUCGUGGAUGUGGACGUGGACGUGGACGUGGAUGACGUGGACGUGGACAUAGACAUGGACGUGGACGUGGACAUGGACAUGGACAAGGACGUGGACGAGGACGUGGACGUGGACGUGGACGUGGACAUGGACGUGGACGUGGACAUGGACGUGGACGUGGACGUGGACGUGGACAUGGACGUGGACGUGGACGUGGACGUGGACGUGGACAUAGAUGUGGUCGUGGUCGUGGACGUGGACGUGGACGUGGUCGUGGACGUGGACGUGGACGUGGAGGACGUGGACAUUGACGUGGACGUGGACGUGGACGUGGUCGUGGAUGUGGAGGACUUGGACGUGGUAAUGGACGUGGACGUGGACGUGGACGUGGACAUGGUCGUGGACGUGGACGUGGACGUGGACGUGGACAUAGACGUGGACAUGGACGUGGACCUAGACGUGGACAUGGACAUGGACAUGGACUUGGACGUGGAUGUGGACGUGGACAUGGUCGUGGACGUGGACGUGGACAAAGACAUGGACAUGGACGUGGACGUGGACAUGGACGUGGACGUGGACAUGGACGUGGACGUGGACAUGGACGUGGACGUGGACAUAGACGUGGACAUGGACGUGGACCUAGACGUGGACAUGGACAUGGACAUGGACUUGGACGUGGAUGUGGACGUGGACAUGGUCGUGGUCGUGGACGUGGACGUGGACAUGGACGUGGACGUGGACGUGGACGUGGACGUGGACAUGGACGUGGACGUGGACAUGGACGUGGAGGUGGACGUGGACAUGGACGUGGACGUGGACAUGGACGUGGACGUGGACUUGGACGUGGACGUGGACGUGGACGUGGACAUGGACAUGGACGUGGACGUGGACGUGGACGUGGACAUGGACGUGGACGUGGACAUGGACGUGGACGUGGACGUGGACAUGGACGUGGACGUGGACAUGGACGUGGACGUGGACUUGGACGUGGACAUGGACGUGGACGUGGACGUGGACGUGGACAUGGUGGUGGACGUGGACGUGGACGUCGACGUGGACAUGGACAUGGACGUGGACGUGGACAUGGACGUGGACGUGGACAUGGACGUGGAGGUGGACGUGGACGUGGACGUGGACAUGGACGUGGACGUGGACGUGGACGUGGACAUGGACGUGGAAGUGGACGUGGACGUGGACAUAGACGUGGACGUGGACGUGGACGUGGACAUGGACGUGGACGUAGACAUGGGGGUGGACGUGGACGUGGACGUGGACGUGGACAUGGACGUGGUCGUGGACGUGGAUGUGGACGUGGUCGUGGAUGUGGACGUGGACGUGGACGUGGAGGACGUGGACGUGGAGGACGUGGACGUGGACGUGGAGGACGUGGACGUGGACGUGGACGUGGUCGUGGACGUGGACGUGGUCGUGGACGUGGAGGACUUGGACGUGGACAUGGACGUGGACGUGGACAUGGACGUGGACGUGGACGUGGACGUGGACAUGGUCGUGGACGUGGACGUGGAUAUGGACAUGGACGUGGACGUAGACGUGGACGUGGACGUGGACAUGGACGUCGACGUGGACGUGGACGUGGACGUGGACAUGGGCGUGGACGUGGACAUGGACGUGGACGUGGACGUGGACAUGGACGUGAACGUGGACAUGGACGUGGACGUGGACGUGGACUUGGACGUGGACGUGGACGUGGACGUGGACGUGGACAUAGUCGUGGACGUGGACGUGGACGUGGACGUGGACGUGGACAUGGACGUGGAUGUGGACGUGGACGUGGACAUGGUCGUCGACGUGGACGUGGACGUGGACGUGGACAUGGACAUGGACGUGGACGUGGACAUGGACGUGGACGUGGACGUGGACAUGGACGUGGACAUGGACGUGGACGUGGACAUGGACAAGGACGUGGACGUGGACGUGGACAUGGACGUGAACGUGGACGUGGACGUGGACGUGGAGGUGGACGUGGACAUGGUCGUGGACGUGGACGUGGACGUGGACGUGGACAUGGACGUGGACGUGGACGUGGACGUGGACGUGGACGUGGACGUGGACGUGGACAUGGACGUGGACGUGGACGUGGACGUGGACGUUGACGUGGACGUGGAGGACUUGGACGUGGACAUGGACGUGGACGUGGACGUGGACACGGACCUGGACAUGGUCGUCGACGUGGACAUGGACGUGAACGUGGACAUGGACGUGGACGUGGACGUGGACGUGGAUUUGGACGUGAACAUGGACGUGAACGUGGACGUGGACGUGGAUGUGGACGUGGACGUGGACAUGGUCGUGGAUGUGGACGUGGACGUGGACGUGGACGUGGACAUAAACAUGGACGUCGACGUGGAGGUGGACGUGGCCAUGGACGUGGACGUGGACGUGGACGUGGACAUGGACGUGGACGUGGACGUGGACGUGGACGUGAACGUGGACGUGGACAUGGUCGUGGACGUGGACGUGGACGUGGACGUGGACGUGGACAUGGACGUGGACGUGGACCUGGACGUGGACGUGGACAUGGACCUGGACGUGGACGUGGACGUGGACGUGGACAUGGACGUGGACGUGGACGUGGACGUGGACGUGGACGUGGACAUGGACGUGGACGUGGACGUGGACGUGGACGUUGACGUGGACGUGGACAUGGACGUGGACGUGGACAUGCACGUGGACGUGGACGUGGACGUGGGCGUGGACGUGGACAUGGACAUGGACGUGGACGUGGACGUGGACAUGGACGUGGACGUGGACGUGGACAUGGACGUGGACGUGGACGUGGACGUGGACAUGGACGUCGACGUGGACAUGGACGUGGACGUGGACGUGGACAUGGUCGUGGACAUGGACAUGGACGUGGACGUGGACGUGAACGUGGACGUGGACAUGGUCGUGGAAGUGGACGUGGACAUGGACGUGGACGUGGACGUGGACGUGGACGUGGACGUGGUCGUGGUCGUGGACGUGGACGUGGACGUGGACUUGGACGUGGACGUGGACGUGAACGUGGACAUGGACGUGGACGUGGACGUGGACGUGGACGUGGACGUGGACGUGGACAUGGACGUGGACGUGGAGGUGGACGUGGUCGUGGUCUUGGACGUGGACGUGGACGUGGACGUGGACGUGGACGUGGACGUGGACGUGGACGUGGACGUGGACGUGGACGUGGACGUGAACGUGGAGGUGGACGUGGACGUGAACGUGGACGUGGACGUGGACGUGGACGUGGACGUGGACAUAAACGUGGACGUGGACGUGGACGUGGAGGUGGACGUGGCCAUGGACGUGGACGUGGACGUGGACGUGGACGUGGACGUGGACAUGGACGUGGACGUGGACGUGGACGUGGACGUGAACGUGGACGUGGACAUGGUCGUGGACGUGGACGUGGACGUGGACAUGGACGUGGACGUGGACCUGGACGUGGACGUGGACAUGGACGUGGACGUGGACGUGGACGUGGACGUGGACAUGGACGUGGACGUGGACGUGGACGUGGACGUGGACAUGGACGUGGACGUGGACGUGGACGUGGACAUGCACGUGGACGUGGACGUGGACGUGGGCGUGGACAUGAACGUGGACAUGGACGUGGACGUGGACGUGGACGUGGACGACGUGGACGUGGACGUGGACAUGGACGUGAACGUGGACGUGGACGUGGACGUGGAGGUGGACGUGGACAUGGUCGUGGACGUGGACGUGGACGUGGACGUGGACAUGGACGUGGACGUGGACGUGGACGUGGACGUGGACGUGGACGUGGACAUAGACAUGGACGUGGACGUGGACGUGGACGUUGACGUGGACGUGGAGGACUUGGACGUGGACAUGGACGUGGACGUGGACGUGGACACGGACGUGGACAUGGUCGUGGACGUGGACAUGGACGUGAACGUGGACAUGGACGUGGACGUAGACGUGGACGUGGACGUGGAUUUGGACGUGAACAUGGACGUGAACGUGGACGUGGACGUGGAUGUGGACGUGGACGUGGACAUGGUCGUGGAUGUGGACGUGGACGUGGACGUGGACGUGGACAUAAACAUGGACGUCGACGUGGAGGUGGACGUGGCCAUGGACGUGGACGUGGACGUGGACGUGGACAUGGACGUGGACGUGGACGUGGACGUGGACGUGAACGUGGACGUGGACAUGGUCGUGGACGAGGACGUGGACGUGGACGUGGACAUGGACGUGGACGUGGACCUGGACGUGGACGUGGACAUGGACCUGGACGUGGACGUGGACGUGGACGUGGACGUGGACAUGGACGUGGACGUGGCCAUGGACGUGGACGUGGACGUGGACGUGGACGUGGACCUGGACGUGGACGUGGCCAUGGACGUGGACGUGGACGUGGACGUGGACGUGGACGUGGACGUGGACGUGGACGUGGACGUUGACGUGGACGUGGACAUGGACGUGGACGUGGACGUGGACAUGCACGUGGACGUGGACGUGGACGUGGGCGUGGACGUGGACAUGGACAUGGACGUGGACGUGGACGUGGACAUGGACGUGGACGUGGACGUGGACAUGGACGUGGACGUGGACGUGGACGUGGACAUGGACGUCGACGUGGACAUGGACGUGGACGUGGACGUGGACAUGGUCGUGGACAUGGACAUGGACGUGGACGUGGACGUGAACGUGGACGUGGACAUGGUCGUGGACGUGGACGUGGACAUGGACGUGGACGUGGACAUGGACGUGGACGUGGACGUGGACGUGGUCGUGGUCGUGGACGUGCACGUGGACGUGGACUUGGACGUGGACGUGGACGUGGACGUGGACGUGGACGUGGACGUGGACAUGGACGUGGACGUGGAGGUGGACGUGGUCGUGGACGUGGACGUGGACGUGGACAUGGUCUUGGACGUGGACGUGGACGUGGACGUGGACGUGGACGUGGACAUGGACGUGGACGUGGACGUGGACGUGGACGUGGACGUGGACGUGGACAUGGACGUGGACGUGGACGUGGACAUGGACGUGGACGUGGACGUGGACGUGGAGGACUUGGACGUGGACGUGAACGUGGACGUGGACGUGGACGUGGACAUGGACGUGGACGUGGACGUGGACGUGGACGUGGACGUGGACAUAAACGUGGACGUGGACGUGGACGUGGAGGUGGACGUGGCCAUGGACGUGGACGUGGACGUGGACGUGGACGUGGACGUGGACAUGGACGUGGACGUGGACGUGGACGUGGACGUGGACGUGAACGUGGACGUGGACAUGGUCGUGGACGUGGACGUGGACGUGGACGUGGACGUGGACCUGGACGUGGACGUGGACGUGGACGUGGACGUGGACGUCGACGUGGACAUGGACGUGGACGUGGACGUGGACGUUGACGUGGACGUGGACAUGGACGUGGACGUGGACGUGGACAUGCACGUGGACGUGGACGUGGACGUGGGCGAGGACAUGGACGUGGACAUGGACGUGGACGUGGACGUGGACGUGGACGUGGACGUGUGGACGUGGACCGCUGCAAUGCUCUUGCCGACCACCCUGGAGCGUUGCAAUGCUCUUUCCGACCACCUAGGAGCGUUGCAAUGCUCUUGCCAGACACCCCGGAGAGUUGCAAUGCCCUUGCACGACACCCCGGAGCAUUGCAAUGCUCUUGCUUGA